AUGGCGAGCGAAACCUCCCCCCGUUCCGUGCGCUUCUCGCAAGCUGAGGAUGAGCAACUUACGCGCUCCGAAAGGCUGAAGAACGGAGUGCGCCCCGUGACUACCACGGUCGAUUCCGAAAACUCGGGGUCCUCAGGAGACUCGUACUCGGACGUACACGCCCUAGAACAACAAGACGGACUAGGCUCACUUCCCAGAUAUGUCGACGCCAGUUCUCAUCCCGGCUCCGCCGCGACGCCGCAAGCCCCGCCCGCCCGCCCCCCCCAGCGUCCUACGGCGCCCAUCCGGACCCCUUCCAACACAUACCAGCCCUAUGUGCAAAGGCGACCUACCCAAACACCUGCCCCCUAUAUGAGCGCCGGUGCCCCUCAUGCCCGCGACGGUUCGAGGCCACGGCCUAUCGGCACCUCCAAUUUCCGCGCCCAAGAGCGCGAGUACGUGCGGAGACUGCGCCAGCAAGACUACAACAAUGACUAUUUCGACACGCUCGGCCCUGGCGAGCAGUACGACUCGGACUCGGAAGGCGAGACGCCCUCGUCCGAGGGGCCGUUCGACAGCUACGAGGAUGCACACAUUAUGUUCGUUAAUAACGAGCAAAGUCAAAUUUCCGAAGAGGACCUGAAGGACGUGCGGAACCGCGAGAGGCUAGAGUGGCACGGAAUGCUUGAGGCUGUACUGACUGGCGACGUUGUUCGCCAGGAGAAGAAGCGUCUCAUUGGGACGGCAGACGACGAGUUCGGCUUGACCGUCCACAAGUCGGAGCUGUGGCUAGGCAUUCGCUCUCGCAUGUGCGGAAGGCAUAUGUCAGUCCAAAAGCGAAUGAUUGAGGAUGCACGGUCGGCUCUAGAUCGGUCUGUAGAAGAAAUCGUCAACUUCUCGAUUGCCGGCGAGAGUGAGGCGGGGAAGCCACCCAUCGACCAAGUUCGCGAUAUAGUCGCCAAGAUUGAAAAGAUCGAGCGGCUCUUUCCCUCGACUGGUGCGCUCAAUGAAACGCUCAAGCCCAGCACCCAGGCAGCAUACAUAGAGACGUGCAAUACCGUGAUAUCGUGGUACAACGUCAAUGAGAUGAUCAACACGGAGCUGUCCAUCCUGAAGAAAUGGGUCGGCAACGACGCCCUCGAUUUCCAGCGGCCUAAGGACAUGUCGCCCAACGAGAACAGCCUGAGUGACGAUUCAUCCUUUUUAGACCGCCUCAUGAAGGAGGAGGGUCUCAAGUCUCUCCACGAAGAUCCCGGCGCCGACGCCAAGAGCCUCAAGAAGAAGAGCAUGCUGGAUGGCAUCUCGAGGGUCAUCUUGAAGGCCAAGCAGACCCUCAUAGAAAAUGCAGCCGGUUUCCAAAAGCGCCAUCUCCCGCCAUACAUUGAAGAGCUUCUGACCCUGAUCAGCUUCCCGUCGCGCCUUAUUGAGGAGAUCAUCAAGGUCCGGUUGGCCUAUGCCAAGAAGAUGAAAGACUCGGCGCAGCAGAACCCCAUGAUGCAGGAUCAGAUGAUCUCGCAGUUUCAAAUUCUCCUCAAGUUGGCCAUCAAGAUCAAGGCCGAGUACAUGAUGAUUUCCCAGCCACAGCCCAGCUGGGAUCUCCCCCCGUGCAUUGACGAAGACUUUGACCACGUCAUCCUAGACGCGCUCAAGUACUACUUCAAGAUGCUCAACUGGAAGCUUAGCGGCAACAAAAACACAUUCAAAGAGGCUGAGUUGCUGUUCCAGGAGUGGGGAUUCGGAAACGAGGUCGGCAGUAUGUUGACACGCGGCGACGUCGAGGUCGCCGAGCAGUUCAGUUCGCUCACCAGCAAGGCCUUCAAUCGGCUCAGCCUGACGUUUGAGAAGGAGCUCCAGCGGAGACCGAAAGAAAGCGUGGGCGAGAUGAUCAAGCGAUACAAGCAGCUCUUAGACUCUGUCCGGGUCCGCGAGAGAAUGCUGCAGCGCUUCUCCAGGAUGCUUAAUGAGAACUACGAAAACACGUGCGACUUCAGCAUUGCCUUCCCCCCCGACAGGCUGCAGGACCUUUUCGACCGUCUGAUAGAAUCAGGCCACUUUCAGGUCUACAACAACAGCCCCGUGCACGACAACGUCUUGAUCAUUGCAUCUCCCUCUCUGCGUGGCCGCCACGAAGAAAUCCAGUUCCUGAUGGGCACAUUUUCCUUUGAACAGGUUGCCGAAGAUUCUUCAAAUCCCUACCUCCUCAUCCUCAAGGCCGAGGACCCCCCACAUUGGUUUGGGCCAACCCUCAACCUGUCUUUGCGGGAUGAGCCCUUGGACGUCAAGCUAGGGCAUAUGAGACUUGUCGCCAGCGGUUCGAAAACGCGUCUAGCCAACACCAGGAAAGCUUUCCUCGAUACCAUUGAAAUGCAGAUAGACUUAGUUGUUGAGCAGAGGUCCAACCUGCAGAAGGUCAAUGUUAGGCUCAUGGAAAUUCGCAAGGUUGCCUUCAAGCUUUCCAACUCCUUCAUGGAUAGCGUCGAGGCGAUUAGGCGGCAAACCCAGGGCCUCAACUGUCAAGAGCUCAUCCAGACCUGCUUCAUCUUUGCAACCGAGUUUGGCCAGCGGUCGUUGCUUUACAUGGACAACAACCGGAGGUCGAUGAACAAUAUGAAGCUUACCAAGCUCGCGCUUGACUGGGUGAGCUUUAUCUGCGACGACUGCAACCCGUCGGACCGCAAAACCUUUCGAUGGACGGUCCAGGCCCUCGAGUUUGCCAUGGGCAUGACGCAAGGCAGACAUAUUCUAGCCCUUGGCGAUGACGAAUAUGCCAAGCUGCGAGCCAAGGUUGCCGAGUGCAUGGCACUCCUAAUCUCGCACUUUGAUAUUAUGGGUGCCAGGUCGAGUGUUGCCGCGCAGGCUGAAAAGCAGAACAUGGAGGCUCUCAUGAGCCAGCUGAAGAGACUCAACAAGGGGCAGAGCAUGGAUGACGACGAAGCCGCCAAGUAUAUCCAAGAGCACCGGGUCAAAGAGCUGCAGAAAGUGGACGAUUAUAGGAAGGAAAUACUACUCGAGCGCUCAGCCAUGGGCAGGGUUUUGGAAGCCUCAAACGACGUGGAUCGGUCCGUCGCAUGGCUCUCUUCCACUGCCAACAACUUCACCAUGAGGUGGCAACAGGGCCACUUUGUGGGUGGAGGUACUUUCGGAAAUGUCUACGCGGCCAUGAAUCUCGACACUGGCCAGGUCAUGGCGGUAAAGGAGAUUCGUCUGCAGGAUCCCAAACUGAUUCCCAACAUUGCAGGCCAAAUUAGAGAUGAAAUGCGUGUUUUGGAGUCAAUUGACCACCCAAAUGUGGUGUCCUACUAUGGCAUCGAAGUACACCGAGACCGAGUGUACAUGUUUAUGGAGUUUUGUUCGGGCGGCUCGCUCGCCAGUCUGCUCGAACACGGCCGCAUUGAGGAUGAGCAGGUCAUUACGGUAUAUGCACUACAGCUCCUCGAAGGCCUUGCAUACCUUCAUGAGCUUAGGAUUGCUCACCGCGAUAUCAAGCCAGAGAAUAUCCUUCUCGACCACAACGGAAUCAUAAAGUAUGUUGAUUUUGGAGCCGCCAAACUUAUCGCACGCCAGGGCCGGACUCUUGCACAGGAUCUCUCCAGCUCCAAACCCAACAAGUCAAUGACGGGAACACCCAUGUACAUGUCGCCGGAAGUCAUUAAGGGUGAAAAUCCGGGACAUUUUGGCGCCGUCGACAUCUGGUCGCUUGGCUGUGUCAUCCUCGAGAUGGCCACGGGCAGACGUCCGUGGGCAAACCUGGAUAACGAAUGGGCCAUCAUGUACAACAUUGCCCAGGGCAACCCGCCACAACUUCCGCUCCCAGACCAGCUCAGUCCGCUAGGUCUCGAUUUUUUGAAGCGCUGCUUCGUCCGAGACUCUAAGAAGCGGGCUACUGCCGUCGAGCUGCUGCAGCAUGAAUGGAUCAUGACCAUUCGAAACAGAGUGGUGCAGCCGGGGACUCCUAGUAGUGAUACCAGCUCCUCAGCGCAAACUACCCCAGGGAUGCCUCCGCCAUCGGCCAGCAUGAGGGGAAGUGUUGGAGAUGGUUUUUAUUAA